CGGUCCCAGUUCACCGCCACGGAGGUCAUUUAUGUCGUCCUCUCAGUAGCCCGCUGGGCUUGCGAUAGACGCCGCGGUUCCGUGUAACGGCGAGACGGCGGAGGAUCUCAGCGAGCUCUAGUGAUGAGUGGCCAGUGUCUCUCGCGGCACGGCUAAGGAGAGGGACUUGCUGUGCGUCCGGUCACCGCCAGCCCUCUGCAGUCCCCGAGGCCCGUCCUGGGGCAGCUCCUUCCUGAGGAAGUGCGGCGCAGACGCGCCGAGUACCAGGUGAGCCGCGAUCGCCGGGAACCGAACUGUCAGGCUGCAGCGGAGCGACCCGGGGCUGGGUACUGGGAAGUAGCGGGCCACGGCCUCGGCUUCGACAGCUUAUCGCAGGAGUGUCCAGGACAUUGUCUUCUAGAAGUGAUGCCCACAGAAAGCGGAAGUUGUUCAGCUGCUCGCCAGGCAAAACAGAAACGCAAAUCACAUAGCCUUUCUAUAAGAAGAACUAACAGCUCAGAACAGGAAAGGACGGGACUACCAAGAGAAAUGUUAGAAGGACAAGAUUCUAAACUGCCUUCCUCAGUUCGUAGUACGCUGUUGGAACUGUUUGGUCAAAUAGAAAGAGAAUUUGAGAACCUUUAUAUUGAAAACUUAGAAUUACGUAGAGAAAUUGAUACUCUUAAUGAACGUUUGGCUGCUGAAGGACAAGGAAUUGAUGGAGCAGAGCUGAGUAAGGGCCAACUCAAAACAAAAGCCAGUCAUAGUACCAGUCAGCUUUCUCAGAAAUUAAAGACCACUUACAAAGCUUCUACUAGCAAGAUUGUUUCCAGCUUUAAGACUACAACAUCCAGGGCUGUCUGCCAGCUCGUGAAGGAGUAUAUUGGUCACAGGGAUGGAAUCUGGGAUGUGAGUGUUGCAAGGACACAGCCAGUGGUGCUGGGAACUGCAUCUGCUGAUCACACGGCUUUGCUGUGGAGUAUAGAAACAGGAAGGUGCCUUGUCAAAUACUCAGGUCAUGUUGGGUCAGUAAAUUCUAUAAAAUUUCAUCCCUCGGAGCAGUUGGCUCUCACUGCUUCUGGAGAUCAGACUGCUCAUAUUUGGAGAUAUAUGGUGCAGCUGCCAGUACCCCAGCCCAUUGCGGAUACUAGUCAACAAAUAUCUGGAGAAGAUGAAGUCGAGUUUUCUGAUAAAGAUGAACCUGAUGUAGAUGGAGAUGUUUCCAGUGAUUGCCCUACCAUCCGAGUUCCCCUGACAUCUCUAAAAAGCCACCAGGGAGUGGUCAUAGCAGCUGAUUGGCUGGUUGGAGGGAAGCAGGCAGUGACAGCCUCCUGGGACAGAACAGCGAAUCUAUACGACGUGGAAACAUCUGAACUUGUACAUUCACUGACUGGACAUGAUCAGGAAUUAACACACUGUUGUACACAUCCCAACCAGCGACUUGUGGUAACAUCAUCUCGAGACACAACGUUCCGUCUUUGGGAUUUCAGGGAUCCUUCAAUCCAUUCUGUGAAUGUUUUUCAGGGCCACACAGACACUGUGACCUCCGCUGUCUUUACUGUGGGAGAUAAUGUUGUUUCAGGCAGUGAUGACCGCACUGUAAAAGUCUGGGACUUAAAAAAUAUGAGAUCUCCAAUAGCAACUAUUCGUACAGACUCUGCCAUUAACAGGAUUAAUGUAUGUGUUGGCCAAAAAAUCAUUGCCCUUCCACAUGACAACCGACAAGUUAGAUUAUUUGAUAUGUCAGGAGUGCGACUAGCAAGGCUUCCUCGAAGCAAUAGACAGGGCCAUAGAAGAAUGGUAUGCUGCUCAGCUUGGAGUGAAGACCACCCCAUAUGCAAUCUGUUUACUUGUGGAUUUGAUAGGCAAGCCAUUGGCUGGAACAUAAACAUCCCUGCAUUGUUACAAGAAAAGUAAUGGAGCAGAUACUCCUUUGUUUCAUUGUUUGCCUCGGGCCUUUAGCUGGUGCAGACUUUUCUGCAUAAUAAUCUGCCAUUUUUGUGAGAGUUUGACCCUGAAAAGAGUGCUUUAUAUCUUCUUUUUACAUUGUACUCAGUUUGCAUGAAAUGUACAGAAGAAUGUGUGAUCAUAUUUUUUCCUUAUUUUUGUCAUGUGUAUGACCUUUUCUAUAUUGUCAUCCUCUGGUCAGUAGAAAUGAAGUUCACUUCCCAUGUAGCACUUCAAAUGCUCAUGAGUUAUUCAGCAUUUGAGAGAUGAACAGCAGGGCAUUAUGUUUGUGUGAAUCAGGUGUGAAACCUGUAUACUUAUUGUGAGGGAUAUAGUAGUCUGUUGUGUUUUCUGGAAUAAUUAUACAGACCUACUUUGUAUUGAAAAGAUUGCAGAGCUAAAUUUGAGUUGGAUAAUGAAUGGCAGUGAUGAUGAAAUAUUUCAUGUUUACCUUCUGUAUGAAGUUUUAGCAUGUGCCAUUGUGUAAUUCAACUUCAAUUCUGAUUUCUAUUACAGUUCUGUAAAAUAACCUGGAUUUUAGAAGUUUAAAAGAAAAACAUAGAAUGUUGAGUUUCCAACAUUUGGAGAGUUUGUUUUGAAAAGAAAAAGUUUUCUGCUGUUUUUAUAAAAAAUCAUUUCGAUCUCCUGUGGUCUUAUAUUAGCAAAUUCUAAAAUAUAAUGAUUCUAAUCACUGAAAUAUAUUGCAGCAAAAUCUAAAGCACUUUAGUUUAUAGCUAUGGUUAUAAAUAGCUUAGAGAAGUUUCAAAUAACUAUCCAUUGAAUGUGACUCGACCUUUGUAAGAAGGACCUGCUACCUGAAAACAAAAUCUUAUUUAUUUUCUACACCUUUGGUUUGCAUAUUUCUAAAUGGGUUCACUUUCUUGGUGGUAUUUGAGAGCCAACAAUGCAAAUAAAUGAGUACUACCUCAAAAAUAAAUGUAUUUGGAAAGCUUUGGAGUUUUACUGUUGCCUAGUUAAAGCACUUUUGAUUUAUAGCUGGAAUAUUGAAUUCAGUUUGGAAGGCAAGAAAGACAAUCACACCAAAUGUAUCCUGAAGGUAAAAGGUUCAUCAGUUAGGCUGAUAAGGUCAUAACCACAAGUAAGUCGUAGAUCACAAGAUAGUCUUGUUUUUAGUAGCUGGGACACCUGUCAGUGCCAAUCCCACUACUGUGCAAGCGAGCCUGUUACUCUUGCCUUCUUAGAAGCUACUGUUCAUCUGAUGUUUGUCGGUUAAUGUUUCUUAUUGAUUUACAGUUUUGAUAAAGAGACAUCUCAAUACACUGCCCCUCAUAUUCUUAACACUUAAAUAUAUUCAUAUGGAGACUGAUCACUUGAAGAGGCACAAGAAGGUAAUGUUUAAAGCUAUCAUGAAUGCUCUCCCCCUCCACUUCUCAUGUCUGUGGUGACACAGGAGGGUACAGGAGCUGGUAAUUGGUGGAAGCCAUUUGGUAACAAGUUGUAUUAAAUAGAACUUUCAGACUGUCCUUCAGUGGAGCUUAGCAAAAGUAAAAAACUGCCGCGUUUAUUGGCACAUUUUACUUAGGUCAUGUAGUAGCUAAUCAUAGGAAUUCAGAAGCUAAAGCAUUCAAAUAAUUCUGUACUGAUUUGCACAGGCCUAGAAGGGAAGAAGGGACCCAAAAUAACCAAUGUAGAGUUGAGGUUGCUAGCUAUGGGGUGAGCAACACAUGUUUUAGAGUAAUUUUAUUAUUAAAGCUGAAAAUUUUGCUGUAUUUCUAAAGUCUGACAUUUUAUGGUCACCCAACCACACAGUUUUUGAGAACUGAAAUCACACUUGCCACUAAGAUGGAUUAGAAUUUUAGUUUCAGUCACUGCUAUCCUAAGUGUGUUUUGCUUGAUGGAGUACUGUACUGUCAUCAAGAUACUGGCUGUGGCCUCUUUUUAUCUUAUAAUGAAAUAUUCCCAUGUCCCAUCUCACUCCACUGCUACCCAAUGGAAUGAGUGUAAGAUGACUUCUGAAUGAGAAACUGCAGAAACCAUGUUCUCAAGUUUGUUGUUUGAUCAUAUUUGAAAAGUUCCGAUAUCUUAGAAUCAUUGUUAGGAACAUUGAAAAAAGUGUAUACAAGUAACAAAAUCAAACUUAAAAACCAAAUUAUCUGCCAGAUUUUAAAAUUUUUGAAGCCUUUAAAAUUAUAUAUAUAUAUAUAUGUAUAUAUAUAUAUAUAUAUAUUCAUGAUGGCCAUUUAGUUCUAUGCAGACUACCCUUCACUGCCAGUGGCUGCUCCCCUUACUGUCACCAACUAGAGGGACCAACCUCUGACACCAGAAAUGAGCUCUUCACUCAUUUUCACUGCGGGUGGACAAACCCUAAUGGUGCUAGAGCAGAGUUCUCAGGAGCAGGACAGUAUUUACUCUUGUUAAUCAUUGUGUCAUUGUCUAGCUUGAUUUUACUCAAUUGCUACUUGUGGCCAUGUAUGGUAUUUUCAGCAAGUCAUAAAGGAGAUUGGGAAUAGUGAUUUUGUGUGUGUGUGUGUGGGUGUGUGGCUAAUUACGUCAUGUUAUCAGUCACAUGAUAUCAUUUGAAAUAGUGUUUUGAAACAGGAAUAGUUUUGUCCUAUAUGCUGUCUCGUCCAGACUCUUUUAAUAAUGGAAGGAAAAUAUGUGGUAGUUGAAAAAUGUGUAUGGAUAUAGAAUUUCAUUUGAGAUACGUUGUUGGACAAAGCAACAUUCUUUUUCUCAACCAUUGCACAUCAAUUUUUGUACAGUCUAAAUUCUGUAUAUAUUUUGGAAUCUGAAGAAUCCUUUGUAAAUCAUUUGUUGCUUAAAUCUGUGAAAAGUAAAUUUCUUUGGGAGAAAAAGUAUGCAUUUGUACGUCUUAUGUGGAGUCAGUUGUUUUUAUUGUAUUGAUGUAAUUGUUUUUUAAGUGUUCAUUGUCUUCAUUGCAAUAUGAAAUUCAUUAAAACAUCCAUGUUCCAUAAUUAUUCUUAAGAAAGUUUUAUGUUAUUGGAAGACUUUUCUCUUUUAUUGUUUUUUACUUUUUCAUGUUUUGCUUUGGUGAGACAUUAUUAAUGACUACAUAAAUGUCACAGUGACAUAGAAAUUGGAGAAAUUAAUUAUAAUAUUGCCCGUUUAAAGAAUUUUAAUUAUGGAAUAAAAAAUUGUUUCCUAUCCAGCUGUAUGCUAAAAUUAAAUAUUAGCAUAAUUAUGCUUCUUCCUCUGCUACCAUCCUCCCCCCAAAAUUUCUGAAGGGGUUAACAAUUAGGCAUAAUACAGGCUUUUGGUAAAAUUCCUCUGUGGAUCAAAAAACUCUGGUACUAAUUAUUACAAUUAAGCUUGUUUGAAAGUAAAAAAAAAAGUACAUUUAUAGAAAGCAGGCAUCAUCUGUGGGAGAAUGCAAGUCAAGAUUGAUAGUGACUAUUUGAACAUCAUUAUAUUCUUAUCUAACUGAAGCAUUAUGGUUACAGAAGCCUCAGGAGAUGUUAAAAUACUACUGGAUGUUUUCUUGCUUGUCAGUGGCUCAUUUUUCAGACCAGUAAAGCUCCCCGAAUGGCAUAGGCAUUUGUAGUACAUGCGGUCCCCAAAGGGUGGAGAUUUCUCCACUGAUUAUUUAACUUCCUUAUCUUACUCUUCAAAUAAAAAAAGUGUGUGAUUAUUGCCUAAAUUUUCUAAUUACACCUUUAAUUACAUUUAAAAGUUCACAUGCUAUUAGUAUGAAGAAUCAAGACUUGCAUCACUAAUUUUGUCAGAAUGCCUCUAAGACACCUGUCUCACUAUCCAUAAUUUAAAAGUUAAAAAAAAAUUUCAAAAAAUUGACAGCCCCCCAAUUGUUAUGUGCAACAUAUAAAUGCGGUCCAUAUGAUAAUGGGAAGAAGCUAAAAUUGCACUAAUAAAGUUAUUUUGUAACUUUAAAAAUUUUAUUAAAAUAGUUUUUGUUAAACAUCUUUUGGUCAGAAUGAAAAUGGACUAAACAGAUUUUUGGAGUUAUAAGAGCUGUUUGAGAUAGACAUACAGUUUCUUAGGAGCUUGUGGAUUGAGAUAGAGAAUGAGGGAAUGACUAGGUAAUUUGGUCAAGGGGACUUCUCUAAGGAGGUGAUGUUUCAACUGACAUCUGUACGUUGAUAAGGUGUCAUGGGAAGGAGGGGAGACACGGAGGGAGGAGAACACUCCCAGGCAGGGAGACCACCACAUGCAAGAACCUUGAUAUGGGAGGGAUUGGUACUGAAAUAAGAGUGUGAUCAGAGUGCAGUUCAGGGGAUGAGAGCUCAAGGGGAGGUUGGGGUGAUAGCCGGGUACCAUAGCAUAGAGGCCUCGGAGGAGAAUAUGGGUUUUAUUCUCUCUGUAUUGCAGAGCCACCAGAGUGAUUUCAGCAGGAGAGUCACUUCAAGGCCACUCUGGCUUCCUUGUGGGGAGGAACUGGAGAGAGUCAAGAGUAGAAGUGGGGAGACCAGGUAGUAAUCCACCUGAAAGGUGGCGAUUGCCAGGACCGUGUUGGCAGUGAGGAUGGACGUUUAGAGGAUGAAUUUGAGGUAUGUUUUCAAAGUAGAAUAGGUAGUUCUUGCUGGAAGGAAGGGUUCUUUAUUUCACAAUUCAACAUGCAUUUAUGAAAAAUGCUGUUACCACUAAAUAUGCAGCUUUGACUGUACAGGCAUUCCUUAGUAUCCCCAAAGGAUAUUUUGAGCACCGACAACCUAAAAUGUAUAGGGAUUUUUUCCUUUAAAAAUAUUAAUAAAAGAAUGUGUUAGGAAAUUUCAAUCACAAUCUAGAGACUUUAAAAAGAGAACAUACAUGCCUUUGAACUAAUUCUGACUCAUGGCAACUGCAUGUGUGUCAGAGUACUGUGCUCCAUAGGGUUUUCAAUGGCUGAUUUUUUCAGAAGUAGUUUGUCAGGCCUUUCUUCUGAAGUGCCCCAGUGUGGACUCCAACCUCCAACCUUUGGGCUUUACCACCAAAAUUUACCUUAUUUAAAUGUAUAUACUUAUACACUGAUAGGCAAUUUUGUCACCAUGACUCUGCCAACACUAUCACACUACUAUAGGAGCUUGCAUCUGGCCCUCAUCUGCAUGGUUACUGCAAGAGUUCUCAUUGUAUCCCAUUGCCAUUGAAGGAGACUGCAACAUUUUUCUCCUGCAGAGCGGUUGAUGGGUUGAAUGCUGACAUCUUGGUUAGCAGCUGAGCGCUUAACCACUGCGCCAUCAGGGCUUUUC